AUGCCGUCAAGGAGGAUCCAGAGAGCAUGCCAGUUAUGCCAUGUCACCAAAGUCCGCUGCGAUGCCGUGGCGGGCUCGGGGAACCCCUGCAGUAAUUGCGACCAAAAAGGCGCCAAGUGCGUCGUAGACCAACGCGCCCGGAAGAGAAGACGAGUGCAACUCAAGACCUUGGGCAUGUUCCCGAAGAAAGCUCCCGGGGCCAUGUCUCCGGCGACUACGAUCGUAUCCAUGCUUUUCCCAGCGCCUUCCAGCGAGCGAAGGUCUUCCACCGGCUCCACCGGAGGCGCCUACGGCAAUGAAUUUGUUCAGGAAGAUUUUCUCCAUACGAAUAUCAACGCUUUCCCUCCCCCCGAUCCGGCAGCCGGCUGGCCUGAUGUCUCUUUAAGUCCAACGACGCCUGACCUUGGGUCUUUCAAGAACCUUCCAUUCCAACAACCAGAAGAAGAAGUAUGGAAUGCAUUUACAAACCUCGGAUCACCGCUACCUUCCUCGGAAGAAGAGGAGAAUCCGGAGGCUAUGCUCCCAAGGUUCAUUCAACCACUUCCAAUGAUGAUGAGUCCAGCCAACAUUGAAUGUCUGUAUACCAACGGAGUGUUUUCACUGCCAGGCAUUCCCCUCCAGGAUGCCCUUUUACAGACUUUCAUCGACUGUGUCUUUCCGUCUAUGCCAAUCGUCGAGCUCUCACGGCUUUUGGGUAUCAUUCAAUAUCGUGACAACGGCGCUGAUUCGAUCAGUCUGCUUCUUUUCUACGCGGUGCUGAUGUCAGCCACUACGUUUGUGGACCAAGGGUAUCUCUACGAGGCUGGUUUCUCCAGUCGCACGGAGGCCCAGGAAUGCUUUUAUCGAAAGGCCAAGCUUCUCUACGAGACCGAAUACGAGCUCAACGCUCUGACUAUCGUCCAGUCCCUUCUGCUUCUUUCAUACCGGUUGCAGACUGGAGACGGCCUUGACAGCCGCCACUGGACCAGCGUCGCCAUUUCCACAGCGCAGUCAAUCGGUCUCUUCGACGAUGCGUCUACAAAGCAUGACUUGACCUUCAACCAGGGCCUCUGGAAAAGAAUUGCAUGGUCAUGCUACGUGACCGACUGCCAAACCGCACUCAAGCUGAGAUGCGUGCCAUUUAUCACCGGCCCGGAGUUUCACCCCCAGCUGCUUACAGAAGAAGACUUCGACCUAUGCACUCCAUCCGAUCCUUCAAUUCCGGGCUUCAAUCUACCUCAAAUCCAGGAUAUCUGCACCCAACAAGCCUUGAACGCCUUAUUUAUCGCGCAGACACAGCUCUGCACAUCCAUCAACGACGUCCUCCAACUACAAGCCAAGCACAACACCCCCGCGGGCUCACCUUCAAUCCCGAGUCCACCCCACAGCCUGGAAGACUCGGAAAACUCCGCCCGAGUAUCCGCAACCGAAGCGCGACUCGCGGAAUGGGCAACCUCCUUCCCCGUGGUCGACCUUGCCAAAACAGAAAACCCUACUCUCUUUCUCCAGCGCAACAUCCUCCACUUGCAGUUCUACACAGCCAUUGCAGUCUUCUACCAGUCCCAGCACCUGCCCUCCUCGGGCUUCUGCGUCAAAUACGCCUCGCAGCAGAUCACCCGCAUCGCGACGAUGAUCCACCAGCACAACCUGCACACCCGCCUCCCCGUCAUCGGCGUCACCGCCAUCCUGGUAGCCAUUAUAAUCCAGAUUUCGGAAAUCAGAUCCCAGUCCGCGGACAGCGGGGAGUCAAUGCAGAACUUCCACGCGGGGCUCGAGGUCCUGAGAGGCCUUAGCGACGUGUACCGGGAAGCUAGCCAGGUGACAUCAUGGGCGUCGAAAAUGAUGGAUUCGUUGAGCCUUGACGGGGGAAACUACGCCUAUUCCGAGCGUAGAUCAUCUGCACCUCAUGUGGAUAUGGCCUACCCUGCGCAGAUGGAGUCGCGUGUGCUUGGCGUGCAAUGA